AUGCCAAAACGAGAAACGAGCGGAGAAGGUAAGGAAGCGGAGAGCGAGAAACAAACGGAGAAGACGAGCGGAGAAGGUAAGGAAGCGGAGAGCGAGAAACAAGCGGAGAAGACGAUCGGAGAACACCAUUUUAGAGGUCAAACGUGGUCACAACAAAGAUUACUUUCAUGCAUUUGCUACUGUUUCUACACUAUCACUCAACCAUUUUCUGUACUACAAUUUACAGUUUCAGAUACGCGCACCAUGUCUAGGGCUCCCAUUCUCAUUAAGGAGCUGGUCCAAGGGAACCAGGUGUGGAAAAUGCACAUCAGGGUCGUUGACCUGUGGGUUGUUACAGAAAAAACAGGGUAUCAACACCUAGAGUGUGUUCUACAAGAUGGAACGGGUGACCAAAUCCAUGUGACCACUAGCCGUUGGGAUUUUAAAGAUUGGAUAGAGCAGAUCAAAGAGCACGAAACUUAUUAUCUGUAUAAUGGGGAGCCUGUGGCUAAUGAUGGCCCUUUGAAAGUAUGUUCGAACCCUCUCAAGAUUCUUUUUAAUGGAGGCACUACUCUCACCAAGGUGGACAUGCCGGACAUCCCACCAUACAAAUUCAACUUCCAUUCCAUUGAAAACUUUCUCAAUGGACAUUUCAAGCCUGAUAUGCUCUAUGAUGUUAUUGGUGUCUUGCAAGAUGUUGUUAAGACACAAAUGGGGGGUGGGGGUAAGAAGUCCUGUACCAAUAUCACAUUACGUGACGUUGUGGGAAAUGCCAUUGAAGUUGCUUUAUGGGGUGAUUUUAGCAAACAAUUCAUGGACUACAAGACUCUUGGCAAACAUGUUGGUCCCACAAUUAUCAUUUUGACUCAUGCUUGGUGUAAGCCCAAUACAGGUCUUUUUGGAGCAGCUGAUUUGUCAAAUGCAUCCAACCUUUCUCUAUCACUAACUUGUGAUUCAUCCAUUCAAUCCACAAACCAGAAUUGGACUAGUCGUAAUGAGGUCAGGACUAUCCGUGACAUUUAUGAAGGAGAAAAGGAUUGUUUUGCAACUACUAUUGGAACUACCAAACGAUUCAAGGCUUCAAGGUUUGGAUGGUUUUUUGAGAGCUGCCCAGGAUGUAAGAUUUCUAUCAAGUCCGUUGGAGGGAAAGUUGAGUGCCACUGUGGAGUUAAAGAUGUUGAACCAAUUACUAAAUUCAAAAUAGAAGUUGAAGUUGAAUAUGAUGGCUUUAAUGGAACCUUUGUCUUUUGGGAUAAGGAUUGUGUCCCAUAUACUAAACUGUCUGCUAAAGAGUUAAGAAAGCUCAUGAUAGCGAAUGGAGAAGACAACCCAAAAAUAUGGCCGGCUCAAGUUGACAAUUUGUUGAAUAAGGAAAUGGCGUUCCGUAUCAAAUUUCAAUCAUCUUACAAACAGUAUUCAAUUGUGACAAUUCUUAAUGAGGAUAAUGUUUACAACAAACUUAAGGGAUACCUAACCCCGAAUGAGGAGCAUACAUCAAAUGCUCUUGUUUUGGAGAUCUCCAAUUCUGAUCCAAAUCAUGAGCCAACUGAACCUAUUAUGACACUAUCUGCUCAAGCUUCGAUAUCUCCUCAACCUUCGUCUGCAAGCUCCGGCAGCACACCUGCCAAGAGGGGAGCUAUUUCAACAUCAGUUAAUGAGUUGAUUGAUGCUGAAGAUCUGACUCCUAAACAAUCUGCUACUAAGGCUAAGACUGCAAGAAAGAUCAAGCAUAUCAAGAAGGAGUAA